AUUCACCCCACCGCGAUGAUCCAAUUCGCACCCCUCCCCCUCUGCUCGAUCAGAUCGAUACAUAUAUAAGCAAAACACACCUUCAGCACACACCAUUUCUCCAUUGUCUCUCCCGACCCAAAUUAGGGUUUUCAUUUCCCCAACCCCUGCACAUCUCUCUCUCUCUCUCUCUCUGUGUGUGUGUGUGUGUGUCUCGCACGCGCGUGCGCCCUCGCUCGCUCUUUCGGUACAUAUAUCUAUAGUUAUUCAUAGACCCAUAAAGACCAGAUUUCCUGAACCAAUUCGUCACAAUUCUCUAUUACUAGGUUAAAACUUGGGGCUUAAUUUGGUUUUCUGUUAGGGUUUGCGAUUUUGGGGGAUUGCGAGCUGAUUGAAUUUGGGAAUUAGGGUUGGCGUAGACGAUGAUAAGGAAUUCCCAAUCGGGAAUCGCUUGAUCGCCGUCUGUCGGCGAGUCGGUUCGUGGUUUUGAGCAUUUGUAUGGAAACUCGGAGCCGGAAACGGGCGGAGGCCAACUCAUCAGCCCCUUCUUCUUCAUCCUCCGGUCCCACCACCCGUUCCACCAAGCGACGUCGUCUAUCCGCGUCCACCGCUGCGGCCGCCGGGUCUUCAUCUUCAGUGCGGGCUACUAGCACCGCUGCUGCAUCCUCGAUCUCCACCCGUUCCCGACGCGUUACUCGGUCUCAAGACUCCUCAACUCCGAUGGACUCGACGAAUGAAUCGUCCGGGUCGGCCGCUCGCCGCGAGUCCGGUGGCCGGCGCGGAAAGCAUCAAAAUCAGGUUUCGGAUAAGGAUAACUCCGACAAGGGCAAGGAGAAAGAGCAUGAAGUUAGGGUUAGGGAUAGAGACAGGGACACCGAGAGGAGUUUCGGGUUGAACAUAGACAGUGCUGGCGGCGGCGGCGGAGGAGAAGAUGACGAUGAUGAUAAUGACAGUGAAGAUGGUGUUGGAAUGUUGCACCAGAAUUUGACUUCUGCGAGCAGUGCACUUCAAGGGCUUCUUCGGAAACUGGGAGCAGGGUUGGAUGAUUUACUACCGUCUUCAGCAAUGGGUGCUUCGUCUUCGCACCAGAGUGGGCGGCUCAAGAAGAUUUUAUCGGGCUUGCGCGCCGAUGGAGAAGAGGGGCGACAAGUUGAGGCUUUGACGCAGCUCUGUGAUAUGUUGUGCAUUGGGACUGAGGAGUCUCUGAGUUCCUUUUCUGUGGAUUCUUUUGUGCCCAUUCUUGUUGGGCUGCUUAACCAUGAGAGCAAUCCCGAUAUCAUGCUUCUUGCGGCCAGAGCGCUGACCUUUUUAUGCGAUGUGCUUCCGUCUUCUUGUGCUGCGGUUGUCCAUUAUGGUGCAGUUUCAUGCUUGGUUGCUAGACUACUGACAAUUGAGUACAUGGACUUGGCUGAACAGUCCCUUCAAGCACUAAAGAAGAUCUCUCAGGAGCACCCGACUGCUUGUCUAAGGGCUGGUGCAUUAAUGGCAGUGCUUUCAUAUCUUGACUUCUUCUCCACAGGAGUCCAGCGGGUAGCAUUGGCUACUGCUGCAAAUAUUUGUAAGAAACUUCCUUCAGAUGCAGCUGACUUUGUGAUGGAAGCUGUUCCUUUGUUGACAAACCUUCUUCAAUAUCAUGAUGCAAAGGUGUUAGAACAUGCUUCUGUCUGCUUGACUAGAAUUGCUGAGGCAUUCGCAUCAUCUCCAGAUAAGCUGGAUGAAUUAUGCAAUCAUGGGCUUGUUACACAAGCAGCCACACUCAUUUCCGCAAGCAAUUCAGGAGGUGGUCAGGCAUCCCUUAGCACACCUACCUACACGGGAUUAAUACGACUGCUUUCCACUUGUGCAAGUGGGUCUCCUCUGGGAGCCAAAACUUUACUACUACUAGGGAUCAGUGGUAUUCUGAAGGACAUACUAUCAGGUUCUGGCCUUGUUGCUAGCGCUUCUGCUUCUGCUGCAUUAAAUAGACCACCGGACCAGAUUUUCGAGAUUGUGAACCUUGCAAAUGAGCUGCUUCCUCCACUGCCCCAAGGAACCAUAUCUCUUCUGGACAGCAAUAAUAUUCAAUUUAUUAAUGGGUCUCCUCUGGGAAAGUAUCCUGUCAGCAGUUCUGAUGACCAAGAUGAUGCAAAUGUAAGCAUAAGUGAUGUAUCAGCUCGGGAGAAGUUAUUAACUGACCAGCCUGAACUUCUGCAGCAAUUUGCAAUGAACCUUCUUCCAGUUCUAAUUCAGAUAUAUGGAUCCAGUGUGAAUGGGCCUGUCCGGCGUAAAUGUCUCACAGUUAUUGGAAAAUUGAUGUACUUCAGCAGUGCAAACAUGAUCCAGAGUUUAAUAAGUGUGACAAACAUAUCGAGUUUCUUAGCUGGAGUUUUCGCAUGGAAAGAUCCGCGAGUCUUGAUUCCAGCUCUACAAAUAGCUGAGAUUCUAAUGGAAAAGCUUCCUGAGACUUUCUCCAAGAUGUUUGUGAGGGAAGGUGUGGUUCAUGCAAUAGAUGCACUUAUUUUGGGAGGGCCUUCUGAUGCUGCCCCUUCGCAGCCAUCCUCAAGUGAGAAGGAUAAUGAUUCUGUAUCGGGAAGCUCACGUAGACGAUGUCAGCGACGAGGUGGAAAUCUGAAUGCUGAUUUAUACUCUGCUGAAGAUUCAAAAAAUGCAGUCCCACUUUUUGGUUCACCUCCAAACUCCAUUGAAAAUCCCACUGGCAACUCAAAUGUUUUUGUGGCUGUCAGUGCACGCGCCAAAGUUUUCAAAGAUAAAUACUUUGCUCCAGAUCCUGGGGGCACUGAAGCUGGAGUUACAGAUGAUAUUCUACAUUUAAAAAACCUCUGCAAGAAGUUGAAUGCUGGUAUUGAUGAUCAGAAGACUAAAUCAAAGGGGAAGUCUAAAGCUUCUGGGUCUCGCUUUGCUGAUAUUUCUAUGGGUAAAGAGGAGAACUUGGUUAUGGUGAUAUCUGAGAUGCUUGAUGAACUGAGCAAGGGAGAUGGUGUGUCCACUUUUGAGUUCAUUGGAAGUGGAGUUGUGGAUGCUUUGCUGAACUACUUUUCUUGUGGUCACUUCUCCAAGGAGAGAAUUUCAGAAGCUAACCUUCCCAAGCUUCGACAGCAAGCAAUCAGGAGGUACAAAGCUUUCAUCACUGUUGCUCUCCCUUCCAGUACUAAUGGAAUUACUGCAACUCCCAUGAGUAUCUUGGUUCAGAAGCUUCAAAAUGCUUUGUCCUCCUUAGAGCGCUUUCCCGUGGUCUUAAGGCAGACUUCCCGGUCAUCUGGGGGAAAUGCACGUCUCUCUUCUGGUCUGAGUGCAUUGUCCCAGCCAUUUAAGUUGCGUCUUUGCAGAGCCCAAGGAGAAAAGUCACUCCGUGAUUACUCUUCCAAUGUUGUAUUAAUUGAUCCAUUAGCAAGUUUAGCAGCUGUAGAAGAUUUCCUUUGGCCCCGGAUACAAAGAAGUGAGUCUGGGCAGAAGCCUUCAGCAUCUGCAGGGAACUCUGAGUCUGGCACUACGCCUACUGCAGCUGUUGCUCCAUCACCAUCAUCUUAUACUCCUGCUUUGACUACACGUCGUCAUUCUACUAGAUCCAGAUCAUCUGUUAAUAUUGGAGAUCCAGCCAAGAAGGAAUUACCACAUGAUAAAAGUGCUAGCUCAUCAAAGGGGAAGGGUAAGGCAGUUUUGAAGCCUGCUCAAGAGGCAAGGGGACCUCAAACAAGAAGUGCUGCACGUAGAAAAGCAACCAUGGACAAAGAUGCACAAAUGAAGUCUCUGGAUGGGGACUCAAGUUCUGAGGAUGAAGAGCUGGACACACCCCCUGUUGAGAUUGAUGAUGCCUUGGUGAUUGAAGAUGAUGAUAUUUCUGAUGAAGAAGAAGAAGACCAUGAUGAUGUACUGAGAGACGAUUCUCUUCCCAUUUGUAUGACUGAGAGAGUUCAUGAUGUUACAUUAGGAGAUCCUACUGAGGAUAGUCAAGGUGCCCCUGCAACAAGUGAUAGCCAGACAAACCCAGCUUCUGGUUCUAGUAGCAGAGCUGCUACAGUUAGGGGAUCGGAUUCUUCAGAGUUCAGGAGUGGGAGUUAUUUUAGUUCAAGGGGUGCAAUGUCUUUUGCUGCUGCUGCCAUGGCUGGCCUAGCAUCUGCAAAUGGUAGAGGUAUCAGGGGAGGCAGAGAUCGGCAUGGGCGCCCUCUAUUUGGCUCUAAUGAUCCUCCUAGACUAAUAUUUUCUGUUGGUGGGAAGCAACUUAAUAGGCAGUUGACUAUCUACCAGGCUAUCCAACGCCAGCUUGUGCUGGAUGAGGAGGAUGAGGACAAGUAUACUGGGCAUGACUUUGUAUCUAGUGAUGGGAGUAGGUUGUGGGGUGAUAUUUAUGUUAUAAUGUACCAAAAGGCAGAUAGCCAGACUGUUAGGGCUUUGGCUGGAGCAGCUAAUCCUAGUACUACAUUUAAAUCUACCAAGGUGGGGUCCAUAUCAAAUUGCAAUGGUGAUUCUCCUGUGCAGCGAACGCCACUUCUUGAUGGUAUUUUGCAAGGUGAGCUUCCCUGUGAUCUUGAGAAAAGUAAUUCUACUUACAACAUACUAGCUCUGUUGCGUGUAUUGGAGGGUUUGAAUCAACUUGCACCCCGAUUGAGAGCCCAGGCAGUGACUGACAGUUACGCUGAAGGGAAGAUUUCAGACAUGGAUGAGCUUAAUGCCACUGCUGUCAGGGUCUCUCCUGAGGAAUUCGUUAAUAGUAAGCUCACUCCAAAGUUGGCUCGGCAAAUCCAGGAUGCACUUGCACUUUGCAGUGGGAGUCUUCCAUCAUGGUGUUACCAGUUGACAAAGGCAUGUUCAUUCUUAUUUCCUUUUGAGACUCGGCGCCAGUACUUCUAUUCUACUGCUUUUGGGUGGUCACGUGCUUUAUACAGGCUUCAGCAGCAGCAAGGUGCAGAUGGUCAAGGAUCAACCAGUGAAAGAGAACUUAGGGUAGGGAGGUUGCAGCGCCAGAAAGUCCGUGUGUCCCGAAAUCGAAUUCUGGAUUCUGCUGUAAAAGUUAUGGAGAUGUAUUCGAGCCAAAAGGCUGUGCUUGAAGUAGAAUAUUUUGGUGAAGUUGGCACUGGAUUGGGCCCUACUUUGGAGUUCUACACCCUACUAAGUCAUGAUCUACAAAAAGUUGGACUUGGAAUGUGGAGAUCAAACUCUUCCUUUGAUAGACCCUCUAUGGAAGUAGACGGAGAUGAACAAAAUAGUAGGAACCCCAGUAACUCCACUGCUUUUGGGUCUGCUUGUGAUAGUGAUCUUGUCCAAGCUCCUCUUGGAUUGUUCCCUCGUCCUUGGCCUCCUAAUACUGACGCCUCUGAUGGUGGCAAAAUUUUGAAAGUUAUUGAAUAUUUCCGGCUACUUGGUCGUGUGAUGGCCAAAGCUCUUCAAGAUGGGCGACUUUUGGAUCUUGCAAUGUCAACCGCAUUUUAUAAGCUUGUGCUUGGUCAGGAGCUGGAUUUGCAUGACAUUCUUUCCAUUGAUGCUGAACUUGGGAGGAUAUUGCUAGAGUUCCAAGCCAUUGUUUACCGGAGACAGCAUCUUCAAUCAAUGGGCAAUCACAUCUGUGAAGAAAUUGCCAAUUUACAUUUCCGUGGGGAUCCAAUUGAAGAUCUCUGUUUGGAUUUCACCCUUCCUGGCUAUCCAGAUUAUGUUCUGAAACCAGGCAUAGAGAAUGUUGAUAUCAGUAACUUGGAGGAGUAUAUAUCCUUAGCGGUCGACGCUACAGUCAGGACUGGAAUUGUCAGGCAAAUGGAAGCUUUUAGAGCUGGCUUUAAUCAAGUCUUUGACAUCUCAACUCUACAAAUAUUCUCUCCACAUGAAUUGGACCACCUUCUUUGUGGUCGUAGAGAGCUGUGGAAGGCUGAGACACUUGUGGAUCAUAUAAAGUUUGAUCAUGGAUACACUGCCAAGAGCCCUGCAAUCAUUAAUUUGCUUGAGAUCAUGGGAGAAUUCACCCCAGAGCAGCAGAGGGCUUUCUGUCAGUUUGUUACUGGUGCACCAAGGCUCCCACCUGGUGGUCUAGCAGUCCUGAAUCCAAAAUUGACAAUUGUGAGAAAGCAUUCUUCUUCAGCUGGUAGUACUGCCGCCAACAUGACUGGGUUGCCAGAAUCUGUGGAUGAAGACUUGCCGAGUGUGAUGACAUGUGCCAAUUACCUCAAGCUUCCACCAUAUUCUACUAAGGAAAUUAUGUACAAGAAACUACUCUAUGCAAUAAGUGAGGGACAAGGAUCUUUUGACUUGUCAUAGGGUUUCCAAAGCUAACCAAUCAAUUUGUGUAUAUUUUUCUGGAAGAGAUUUUGAGUUCAUUUUUCUUUAGAAUUUUUUUGUUGGGUUUUUAAAUUGGGAGAAAAUGGUGUUUUAGAGGUAGCUUUUAGUUAAUGAAUGAUGAAAUAACAGCACCUUGCUCUGAUAGGUUGCUGCUGCUGCAUUUGUGGUUAGAUUUUAUAUAUGCAUACAUUUAGUGGUUAGGUCAUACAGCUGAAUCUUGAAUAGUUAAUGAUCUUGAAGAAGCUUUUCUGAAUUGUGGUUAAGACCCCUAAGUGCAUGUAAAUAUAUAGGAAAUUCUGAUUGUUCUCUUAA